CGGGGCGGGGCAAGUUUGUUUCCAGAGUUCGGGGACCAGGAACCCACGCGGUUGCUGCGCAGGUGCCCUCCGACUUGGUCGGGAUGGAGCUGCCCGCCGUGAACCUGAAGGCGAUCCUCCUGGUUCACUGGCUGCUGACCAUCUGGGGCUGCAUUGUGUUCCCAGGCCCCUAUGCCUGGGCCAACUUCACCAUCCUGGCCUUGGGCGUGUGGGCCGUGGCGCAGCGGGACUCCGUCGACGCCAUAAGUAUGUUUCUGGGUGGCCUGGUGGUCACCAUCUUCCUGGACAUCGUCCACAUCAGCAUCUUCUACCCGAGGGCCGGCCUCUCGGACACGGGGCGCUUCAGCGCAGGCAUGGCCAUCCUCAGCCUGCUCCUCAAGCCGUUCUCCUGCUGCCUCGUCUACCACAUGUACCGGGAGCGCGGGGGUGAGCUCCUGCUCCACCUGGGUUUCCUCGUGCCUUCGCAGGAGCGCAGCGCCUACCAGACCAUCGACUCAGAGGUGCCUGCCGACCUGGAGAGCAGGCCUCAAGGCCCCCAAGGAUACUGAAGCCAGCCAAGUCCAGGAGCCAGCUUGACAGAUCUCCAGGGAGGCGCAGGCGGCAUCACCCUCUUUGUACCUCGGGUGUCAUUUGUGUCUUGGAUGGCCCCCCUUUCUUAGAACUAACGUGGGAACGAACCCGGUUUCCCAGCUCAGGGGUUGCCUGAAUCAAGUGCCCUGAGAGGCCAGGAGCCCCCGCCCCGGCACACCUGUCCCAGACUCCCCGAGGCCUCUCCUCACUCCAGGAAUCAUGCUGGGCCCAGUCUGGGAACUGUGGUUGCUUUUGUCACCUCCGCCCUAAGUGGCUCCGUGAAGGCCCCAGGCCAAGCUGUGCCUAAGCCCUCAGGCCUCCAAGGGCUUCAGCUCAGGUUCAGGCCCCAGGGAAAGCUUCUCACUGCCUGGUCACUUGGUGCCUGGGGACCCUGGGGCUGGAGGCAGGAGGUGUCUGCAGCCUUUGAGACCCACCGCGGCCUCCAGCUGCCUUUCUCAGAGCCAUGGCAUUAAAGUUCGGGGAAUUCUGUA